GUGGACCAUCCUUUGCGACCGAGGGGAGUUUUUUUCCUCAGUCUCACUUUGCGUGGAGCAGCUCGUGACAGAGGAGCAGACACCAACAAGGAGAGCAACAUGGGAAAGCAGAACAGCAAGCUGACUCCUGAGGUGAUGGAGGACCUGGUGAAGAACACGGAGUUCAACGAGCACGAGUUGAAGCAGUGGUACAAGGGCUUCCUCAAGGACUGUCCCAGUGGCAGACUCAACCUGGAGGAGUUCCAGCAGCUCUACGUCAAGUUCUUUCCCUACGGCGACGCCUCCAAGUUCGCUCAGCACGCCUUCAGGACCUUCGACAAAAACAGCGACGGCACCAUCGACUUCCGAGAGUUCAUCUGCGCUCUGUCCAUCACAUCACGCGGGAGCUUUGAGCAGAAACUCAACUGGGCCUUUAACAUGUACGACCUGGACGGCGACGGCAAGAUCACCAGAGUGGAGAUGCUGGAGAUAAUCGAGGCCAUCUACAAGAUGGUGGGCACGGUGAUCAUGAUGAAGAUGAACGAGGACGGCCUGACCCCGGCCCAGCGGGUGGACAAGAUCUUCAGCAAAAUGGAUAAGAACAACGACGACCAGAUCUCGUUGGACGAGUUCAAGGAGGCGGCCAAGAGCGACCCCUCCAUCGUGCUGCUCUUGCAGUGUGACAUGCAGAAGUGAGACCCCCCCACCCCCCUCCAGCCCCACCACCCCCUUCUCCUCUAAGCUCUGCUCGCUCCCUGGCCCCGCCCCCCCCUUGCUCCCUCAGCCCCGCCCCCACACACACACACACAGGACGGCAGCACAUUCGGUUUCUCGGCCCAUUUCCACAGGAAAUAAGAGGAAGAAGAAAAAAAAUGCUUGGACUAUUUUUUCAAUGGACUCGCUUCUUGUGGUCGUAUGCAUGAGAAUGUCAAAAUAUGCUGAAUACUUUUGAAUAUAUGCUCCUUCUUCACGGCCGUAA